AUGGCCACAACACAGGCCGCCAACCUCGUCGAAAAGGCCAUCGGCCACGACAACACCGCCACUGUUCACACCGACAUCAGCAACUACAACAACGAGUAUGGCGUCGAGACAGGCGAGAAGAUCCAGGCCGCCGUCUGGCAGGGCAAGAACAGCGUUGGCAUUGUUGAAAUGCCCAAGCCCCGCGUCGUCGACAGCGCAGACGCCAUCGUCCGCGUAACAGGAAGCACAGUGUGCGGCAGCGACCUGCAUCUCUACCACGGCGUAAUCCCGCAGCUCCAAAAAGGCGACGUCCUCGGCCACGAAUGCUGCGGCGUGAUCGAAUCCGUCGGACCAGACAGCAAGAAAUACAAACCCGGGCAGCGCGUCGUCGUCUCCUUCCCCAUCGCCUGCGGCACGUGCAAGCGCUGCGCCGCCCAGCUGUACAGCCAGUGCGAGAACACCAACGAGAACAGCAUCACCAACGCCAUGUACGGCAAGCGCACGGCGGGGAUCUUCGGGUACAGCCACUUCACCGGCGGGUUUGCGGGCGGGCAGGCGGAGUACCUGCGUGUGCCGUAUGGGGACGUCAAUCUGCUUCCGAUCCCGGAUGAUGUGCCGGAUGAGAAGGCGCUUUACCUGUCCGAUGUGAUUGGGACGAGCUGGCAUUGUGUUGUCGACACCGGGGUCAACAAGGGCGAUACGGUUGCGGUUUGGGGCGCGGGGCCGAUCGGGCAGAUGGCGGUGGAGUUUGCGUUUUACCAUGGGGCUCAACGCGUGUUUGUUGUUGAUGGGGGCGAGGGCGGUUGGAGGCUGGACUAUGUCAAGGGGAAGGUGCCGCGGGUUGAGACGGUGGAUUUCUCGAAGCUGCCCCGCGGGGAGAGUGUGUCGGCGCAUCUGCGCAAGAUCACGGACCAUGGGGUUGAUGUGUGCCUCGAGUGUGUGGGGGGGGAGUAUGCGAAGGGGUGGGUGCAUUUCUUCGAGCAGAUGGUUGGGGCGGAGACGGACACGAGCGAGAUUGUCAAUGAGAUGAUUACGGCUGUGCGGCCGUUUGGAAGGGUUGGAAUUACCGGUGUUUAUGCGGGAUUUACGAACCACUUCAACAUCGGGGCCCUGAUGCAGACGGGCGUGCGGCUCAUCGGCAACGGCCAGGCUCCGGUCCAGAAAUACUGGGAGGACCUGAUGCGUCUGAUCCAGAAGGGCGAGAUCGACCCGCUGCACAUGGUCAGCCAUCGGUUCCGGCUUGAGGAUAUCGGCAGGGUGUAUGAGCUCUUCAACCAGCGCGAUGGCGGCGUGCAGAAGGUGUACCUGGAGACGAGGCACUCUGCGCCAGCGGCCAAGGAGGGUCCGCAGUUGACGCAGUUGUAG